AUGGCGCCUUCUCGCUCGCCGUUCCUCGAUCCAGGAGCGCACGCGACGGCCGAUAAUCUGGGUAUCUUGCAAUUGCGCCGCGACCACCUCAUUCCAGCAGUCCUCAAGCCCCACGCCGAUUCCGACUACGCAGAGGGCAAAGUUGAGAACACGCGCUUUGGUUCUUUUCCCCACAGCACGCUUGUUGGCCAGCCCUGGGGCACACAGAUCCUAGCGUCGGUCGUCGACACUGGGUCGCGAGGCAAGUCGAAGAAGAGAAAAAGAGACGGAAAAGAUGAGAGCGACGACACGCCCGCUGCUGAGCCCGAGGUGGUGAAGAAGGAUAUUGUAAAGGCUGCCGCCGCGAGCAGUGGGUUUGCGCACCUCAUACCGCCCACGCCAGAGGUGUGGACGCUGUCUUUACCGCACCGCACACAGGUUGUCUAUACGCCCGACUACAGCUACAUUCUCCAGAGGCUGCGCGCAAGGCCAGGCGACCACAUUAUCGAGGCUGGUGCAGGGAGUGGAAGCUUUACACAUGCUGCGAUACGCUCAGUCUACAAUGGCUACCCGGGAGAGCGAGACUCUGUGCUCGACGCAAACGGCCAUGAGGACAACGCCGUAGGCAUGACCAAGAAGCGGAAGCGCAAGACGAGGACCGGCGGCGUGUACAGUUUCGAGUACCACGAACCACGCGCAAAGCAGCUUCAAGCCGAGAUCAAAGACCACGGCCUCGACCCUCUCGUCACUGUGACCCAUCGCGACGUCUACAACCACGGCUUUGGCCUGGACGAGUCAAACGGCCCAGACGCCGACUGCAUAUUCCUCGAUCUACCCGCCCCAUGGCACGCACUCAAGCACCUCACGCGCUCCCCGCCCUCGACUGCCGCCUUGAAAUCCGUCAAUACUGACCCUUCUACGCCUACCGAGAACGACGCUACUCCUGUUCCCACGGCUGCUACCUCAGAAACGCCUUCGAAGCCCUUUCGCUCCCCGCUCAACCCCCGCAAUGCAGUCCGCAUCUGUACCUUUAGCCCCUGCAUCGAACAAGUAACCAAGACGGUAUCUGCGCUGCGCACCCUCGGCUGGCUCGAAAUCGACAUGGUUGAGAUUAUUGCCAAGCGGCUCGACGUGCGCCGCGAGCGCGUCGGUCUGCAGGAGGAAGGCGUAAGAGGCGGGAAUGCGCAUCCAGCCAAUGUCCAGGAAGCCGUGCAGCGCCUACGCGACGUGGAAGGUCGUGCGGCAGUCUUCCACAGCAUGCAGCGCGAGAAGCAGGAGGAGGUCAUUCGCAAGGCUGAGGCGAGGAAGAGAGGCGAAGACGUGGAUGCAGACGAGGCGGGCCCCAAGAAGCAGAAAAAGAAGAUGGAGGGUGUGCCGCCGAGUAAACACGAUAGGCUGGCGCAGACGAAGAAGGACCUGGAGAGUAGAACCUUGUACAAGGAGGGGCGGCUGGUGCAUCGCACCGAGCCGGAGCUCAAGACACAUACGUCGUAUCUUGUCUUUGCAGUCCUGCCCAGGCAGUGGACCAAGGACGAUGAAGAAAAGGCCAGCAGGAAGUGGGGGUGA